AUGUCUUUGUGCUCAUUCCUGAUGGGAAGAAGUCCCAAGAGUCAUGAUACCCUUUUCAGGAGGGAAUCCUUUGGAAGGACCUAUCAACAGCCAUACCAAGACUAUGAAACCUUACUGGAAACAUGCCUUAGGAACAAUUGCCUCUUUGAGGAUAACAACUUUCCAGCUGACAUCAGCUCCAUAGGCAGAGGGAACCUGCUGCAGAAGCUGCCCCAGAACCUGCAGUGGAAGAGACCUACUGAGCUGUGUGACAACCCUGUGUUCUAUUCAGCCAAGGAAGGAAGGCUGGGCCUGUGCCAGGGAGUAUUGGGAAACUGUUGGUUCUUGGCUGCACUGGAAGCUCUCACAUUCCAUUUGGACAUCCUGAACCAGGUAGUGCCUCUGAACCAGAGUUUCACCAAGAAGUAUGCUGGCAUCUUCCUCUUUCAGUUCUGGCAUUUUGGGAAAUGGAUUCCUGUCGUGGUUGAUGACCGUCUACCCAUGAAUGAGGCUGGUCAACUGGUCUUUGUCUCUUCCACCUGCAAAAACUUGUUUUGGGCAGCUCUGCUGGAAAAGGCCUAUGCAAAGCUUGCAGGUUCCUAUGAAGACCUGCAGAUUGGACAUGUUUCAGAAGCCUUUCUGGACUUCACAGGAGGUGUGACAGCUACAAUUGAACUAGCAAAGGCACCUUCCAACCUCUGGGACAUCCUCACCAGAGUCACUUCCAAGAGAUCCCUCAUUGGCUGUCAGACCCACUCAGGAGAGAGGAUUCUGGAUAAUGGACUGGUGGAUGGUCAUGCCUAUACUCUCACUGGAAUGAGGAAGGUGACUUGUCAUAAUGGACCUGAAUAUCUAGUAAGACUGAGAAACCCUUGGGGGAAGGUUGAAUGGAAGGGAGACUGGAGUGACAGGUCAAACAAAUGGGACCUCUUGAGUCCAAAGGAGAAGAUUCUGCUUCUUCGAGAUGAUGAAGAUGGAGAGUUCUGGAUGUCCAUCCAGGACUUUAAAUUCCAUUUUACAUCUCUGGUCAUCUGUCAGCUAACACCAGACCUGAUGACUCAGGAAGUAGGAAAGAAGUGGAUGUAUUCUCUGACUGCAGGGAGAUGGGUGAAGGGCAGCACAGCUGGUGGCAGGCUAAGGCAUCACAGAGACAUGUUUUGGAUGAACCCGCAAUUUCAACUUACUGUCCUAAGUGCUGAUGAAAGCAAGAAGUAUUCAAAACCUUGCGGUGUCUUGAUUUCCCUUAUGCAAAAAUCUAAGAACCAUCACCGGAACCAAAUGCUUCACCUCCCCAUUGGCACCUUUCUUUUCAGGGUAGGUCACCUUUGGAGGGGCAACCAUCGAUUGCCCCAGGAGUUCUUCCAGAGAACCACUCCAUUGUUUGCCCCUAGAGACUUUCAGAAGGAGAGAGAAGUGAGCUAUGAGUUUGCCCUGGAGCCAGGCACUUACCUGAUUGUUCCCUGUACCUCUGAGCCCUGGCAGGAGUCUGAAUUCAUCCUAAGAGUCUUCUCCAGGAAGAAGCAUGCCUUAUAUGAAAUGGGAAGUAAUUGCAGCUUUGUCCUCCCUAAGGAGAUAGUUGACAGAUAUGAAAGGGAGGACGAAUUCUUCACUAAACUGUUUGAAAAAUACCCUGAAAUAAAUGCAAUCCAGUUGCAGAAGAUACUGAAUAACAUGACCUGGACACACCUGUCCAGCCCACAGCCCACCUUCAGUAUGAAUGCUUGCCUAGGGAUUCUGGCACUGCUUGAUCUUAAUGCUACAGGCACUGUGAGCAUUCAAGAAUUUCGAUACCUGUGGAAGCGACUACUGAUCUAUCAGGAAGUUUUCCACAAACAAGACAAGGACAAUUUGGGGUUCCUGGAAUCAUGGCAGCUGCGGGCAGCUGCUCAGGGAGCUGGUAUUUUACUCAGUGAUGAGGUGUGCAAUCUAAUGGCUAUUCGAUAUGGCAACUCCAACCGGAAGAUCGGCUUUGAGAACUUUGUCUACUUCAUGCUUCGAGUGGAGAUCAUGGAAGAUGCUUUUCAAAAUUUGACCCAUGAUAAUAAAGGAAUAUAUCUUUUGAAGUCUGAGACCAUGUUCCAUGUUGUGGUGGAGAAGCAAUCCAAAGUUAGAGAACAUUGGCUGAAUGACAGAGAAGAAACUCUGAGUACCUGGAAACCACUUUGGGAGCCAUCCAGGCGUGGCUGGUACCUCGAAAUUGCUUCCAUUUGGGAUCGGACUGCUCACCCAGCUUUUGUGUCUCCUAUCGCUCAGCUCUCACCUGUGGCUCCAAGAAGCUGUAACAUGCGCAGAGGCCAUACUCUGCCUGAACAGCCCACCAGACGUAGAACCAACAUGCGCCACCACAAGGGCCAGGACCGAAAAGACCGAGAGCGAGCUCCUGUACCAGAAAUAGCCCGCCUCCCUUCCGGGAGUGUUCAAUAUUCCCUGACCCAAAAGGGAAGGAUAAUCAAGUGUGACAAGAGAAAAGAGAAAAAUGAGAUCUGUGCUGCGGAGUAUCAGUGUGGCUGCAAUACUCUGGAGCUGGGAGGGGAGUUUCGGGGGGAAGGAGGGCAAACCCCUGGCCAGCGGUCCCAGACUGCAGCACUCUUGGAAAUUGCCACAGACAACCCAACCUUCAGCAGCUCCCAUCCUGAUGAGUCAGAAGCCAUCAACAUAGAGAAAUAUUUCAUUGCACCUGCGGACAGGAAGGAAAAAGGUUGUGUCCCCGGGCCCAGGAAGAGGCACAGAGAUCUCACCUUAGGGGUGCCUCCAAAGUUGGCCCCUGAGCUCCGCGACCCUGGCGCGUGCUGGGAGUGCCCCGGGGCACCACUGGGGAAGCUUCUCACUGUGAGCCAGAGCAGCCGCCAGUAG